UUCCUAAACAAAACAACACGUCAAAGUCACAAAUUUGUCACGUCUUCAAUUCAGUGGCCAGCCAGAGUAGCCGAAAAUGAGUCGCGGACGUACUGACAGCACCACAAAGAUCUUCGUGGGCAGCCUGGCUCCGAACGUGACCACCGAAGAGCUGCGUGGCCUGUUUUCGUCCUACGGCGCCAUCGUCGAGUGCGACAUAUCGAAAAAAUGCGGCUUCCUGCACAUGGAGAACGAGCAGCUAGCCGAGCAGGCGAUCGAGGACUUGAACGGUACGGAAUUCAUGGGUCGCGUUAUAACCGUGGAGCGGGGCAGGGACAAGCCCAAGCGUCCGAUGCGAGGCGGCAAGGACAGGGGCGGGCCGUACGCGAGGGGCGAAUCGGAGGGCAGGAAGUCGUUUGGUGAGUUCGAGAGGCUGUCGCAGAGAGGCACGUUCGGCCGCGGCUACGGCGACAGAAGGAGCGGCGGCAGGGGUUACAUGGACAGGCGGGGCGCUGGUGACAGUCAGUACGAAGGACUCUGCGCAGGCACACAGGGUGGGUUCUGGGACAGCGACUACGGCGACGACCAGGCCUCUGGAAGGGGCUAUGCGGACCUGUUCAACCGUUCUAUAGCGGUUAAGCCGCGUAGCGCCAGUUUCGGAGGGCGCGGAUCUGCCGGAGGCUAUGGAGACGGUUACGGCGACUCGUACGGCAACUAUGGCGGCUACGGGGGCGAUAAUCGGAGCGGCUACCAAAGCACCAGAGGAAAAUACGGAGGCGGACGCGGCUGGCAGGUGGAUAAUUACAAUGACAGUGGCAACGGCAAUGGGACUGAACGUGGCUACGAUUCCCCCUAUUCCAUGAUGCAGAGGGGCGGCGGACGCUCUUAUGACUCGGCGUACCCGCCGUUGCCGCAGCUCAGAGGCGGAAGAGGAAUUAAUAGAGGAGGCAAUUCGCCGGUCAUGCGCAGAGGCACACCCCAAGGGCGGAGGUUUCAGUAAUGACAACGUUUGAUGUUAUCUAUAGCAUACUAUUAUUAUUUAAUAUUCAUUUACUUUUUUGCUUAAUGGAAAGUGUUAACAAUAAAAAUAAAUAAAAUUAA